UUUACGGAAGCAGUGCAGAUUUAAACGUAAUGGUCGAUGAUGGUGAAACUUCUGUAUACAAUGGAGAUGAGAACCACAAGGUCUGGAAUGGUUCGCAAGAUCAACUUGAUUCUAUUGCAAUGGAAAGUCCGUAUGAAAUGUUUUCUGGUAACACAUCUACUUUGGGUCGCCCUGCUAGAGCUCGUCAAAUAAGUACACCCAUCGAUGUUCCUCCUCCACCAAUGAGAGAGGAAGCAAGUAAAAGACGUAAAGAUAAACAAGUGUUGAAAACAAUAGGCAGUCAAAGUCUCUCCGGCACACUUAUACGACCUAAGCCCAUACAUCCGGCUACAUUACAACGCACGAGAAUUUAUGCAGGCGUCCAGGGAAAUGCGAUUUAUGGCCCCGGCGUUGGGUCAGGAACAUUACCAUCGCCGCAAGGCUCCCGAAACUAUCACACAAUUAGUCAUCGAGGAUUUUAUAGUGGUUCACACUUUCAUCACGCUGGCAUACCACCGCCACCACAAAGGAUGCACCCACCACAUAUGGGUAUUCCAAUGCAAAUGCCCGUGAUUAUGCCACAGCAAUAUGCCACUCUUCAAUCUACGCGAACUGCAAAGAAAAAUAAGAAAGAUAAGACAGGUAGUGGUAUACCCGUUGGAUUGCCCAUUGUGCCACCUAUAUACGCGUUUCAUCAGGCCAUGGGAGCACCUCCGCCACCACAAACAGCUAUUGCGCAACCCCUAAUUGGUGAACCACGACCCCUAGCAAUGUCGAAUCGCAAGAUAACGGUAUCCAUGGGCAAUGGACUGGACGAGGCUUUAAAUUCCGGCCCAGAAUCACCGGGUGGCACAGGAAUCUACCGUCGGAAAGGUCAUUUAAAUGAAAGAGCUUUUAGUUACUCCAUACGGCAGGAACACCGAAGCCGAAGUCAUGGCUCAUUAGCUAGUCUACAAUUUAACCCACCUGAUGUGAAGAAAGAACGAGAAAUCGCUCAAAUGAUCGCCGGUUUGGACCUACAUGAUGGCCACGAAAAAGAAAUGGAGCGAAAACACAUGCUCUCAAACAAUGGCGGGGGAGCUGGUAUUCAGCCGCCGCAAACAAUUUAUGGAAAUGGAGGGACCGCUGCCAUAUAUGGAAAUGACAUGAGUUUAGGUGGCUUUGGCAAACCCCGAAGAUAAAUAAGUUUAUUUGGAAGUAAUGACACAAUUUACAUAUGAACCUUACACAUGUACUUGUAUAAUCAAGUCUACACAUACAUUCGUGUGUAUACGUAUUUACAGUAUAUAGCAGAAAUUUUUAUACCCUACCACUUUAGAGACAUACACAUUAUGAAAUUUAUUACGAAAUUUAUUUAGAUUUAUAUAGAUAUAUUUCAUACUAAAAAUUGUAUCUUGUUUGGACUCGUAUAUUAAAGGUUAUAAAAAAUAUUAACUUUUACAUUAUUUAAGUUCACCUUGGCACUAAUGUUUACCUACUUCAAUUGGAACUGUUUACAUACUGCACACCUAGAUCUAAAGUGCGAUCAACUAAAAAAAAAAACAAUUUUUUGCACAGUUCAAUCCAUAUGACUUACCUCCAAUUAAUUCAAAUUUUUUUUUCAUGACUAUGUACAAUAACUAAAAAACUUCUGUUUUUGCAUUAAUUGCGUUGAAUCUGUAGGAUCCACAAGCAGUUAUAUUGUCUAGGUAUGCUAUAUGUAAACAUUUAUAGUUUGCUUGAAUUUUUUGAUCCGAUAAGUACUUAUGUAUUGUCAAUUUAGUUAUCGUUAUUCUUACCAAAAAAGAACCAUUGGGAUUAAAUUAAACUACAUGUUAGUACUUAUGUAGUGUGAGAACAAUAGUAACACAUCAGUGCAUGUCAUAGUUUUUGAUCAAUUUUUGUCGUACAAUUCCCAAAAAAGAUUUUAUAUUAUAGUAGCAGCAGAUGAGCUGUUUUGAUUUCCCUGCGAACCAAACUUCUCGAAUUAUAACGAAAUCGUUAAGAGUAUCCGAAUUCUGUAUCGCUUUUUUACGAAUUUUCAAAGAUAAUCGUAUGGAAUGGUUGCCACGAAUUCGUAAAGAAAUCUUUGUACUAUUUCUUAUAGAAAAUUAAAAAAAAAAAAUCUUCACAUCUCAGCACUAUUGUCAAUGCUUUACCCGUUUUCUUCCGAAAUUUCGUAAAAGCAUCGAAGUGUGCACAGUAUAUUUCAUUUUAAAAAUUGCUGCAAAAAGUCGGAAAGGGAAAUAAUGAGAUCCUUACGACUUCUUUAAGAUUUCUCUACUAUUCAGAAUACUCUGAAAACAUACACCCGUUUGCACCCUGCAAAUUAUUUGGUCUCUACAUUGCCAAAUAUUUAUGCAUGUAUAUAUUUAUUUCACAAACAUUUUAAAAUGAUAAAUAAUUACAUAGAUGUUUGUAUAUAUGUACAUACAGGGUGUCCAAGAAGUACUACGGCAAACUUGACUACAACGUAGGUGGGAGUGAGUUCCCUGAUAAGCAAACAUUCUUCUUAUAAAAGUGUCACCGUUUUUGGAAUAUUAAUAUUUUUUUGAAUUCAAAAAAAUCGGUCCUUUUCAUGUAUUUUUAACUGCAUGUACAAACGAGGCUAUAUUUAGUAAUUUUUUUCUGUAAAAUACUUCCUGAUAGUUGCUUCACUAUAUUCAAAUACAAUGUAGUUAAGAGAUAUAAAGGAACCAUAAUAAAACUAAGACUAAUUUGAUAUUUUUAA